AUGACGAACCAAGAGAGUGGUCCGGACCAGGAGAACACAGUGACUAUCCUCCUCCUCGGAGACCCAGGAUGUGGUAAAACGACAUUCUUAUCAGCAUUGAAACAAGGGCGCGGGAGGCUAAAUGGAAAUGGAUCGCAUACCCAACCUGAGCUCCUACGAGACAGCGACCAGCCUUUCCUUUAUGAUAUCCGUUUCUCAAAGAAGUCCUUUGGCCUCGUGUUAUACGAUACUGCAUGUCCCAAUCAGCACUGGUCUACAUUGAAGCCGGAUGUGGUGCUUCUAGCUUUUGAUAUAUCCAACAGAGAUAGUUUGACCAAUCUCAGAACAUGGCGACACGACAUUAUCCGGUACUUCCAACAUGGUCAGGGGGAACGGAUCCCCGUCAUGAUGAUAGGCCUGAAAAGGGACUUAAGAGUAGAAGGCGAAGGUAUCAUCUACCCACAAGAAACAUAUGGGAUCGCACAAGAGCUCCGGUGCGAUCGCUACGCAGAGUGUUCUGCUGUCACGGGAGAACUUUUGGCAGAGACGUUCGAGGAUCUAGCGAGGCUUGCAGGUAUGACAACUACGGAUCGUGGGGGGCAGACUCAGGGUGGCUGUAUAGUUCUUUGA